AUGAGGCAACGAAUGACGAAACCAGCAAUAACACAACAGAAAUCAGCAGUGACACAAAAUAACUGUGAAAAUAACGGCGACGCUGACACCAGUGUACGAACGAAGCAUCAACAUACGACGACUCCAUUAACAUUAAUGACACCAAUAUAUGACGACACCAGUAUACGAACGAAAGCACCAACAUAUGACGACACCAAUAUACGAUGA